UGGGCAGCUGCCGACAACACGUCAGAAGAGACAACCACCCACAUCAUAUUCCACGCUGCUUUUGGCGAACUGAAACCAUGGCGCCCUUAGCUGCUCCAACCGUUUUGAUUUGGGUUACUUAGCCAUUGCCAAAAAUUUCCAGAGAUGUGCGCUCAUCCCUCCUCUAACUAUUGCGCACCGACAUGACUGUGCGGGAAUCUUCCUUUGGUCACAAUCUUUGUCUUUUCUUUGGCUUUUCCGGUGAGAAACGACGAAAAUGGCUUCCACCACCGGUACCCGAGGCCGCGGCAAGACGCCCACGAGAUACCGGUCGUCGUCGAAACGCAGUGAGAGACGUUCCAGAUCACUGAGACGAACCACCGCUGAGAGAUCCAAAAGUAGUAGUAAUAAUAAGAAGGGCAUCAUGGAGACUCCACCGCACGAAGAAAUUGAAGUGGGCUUGGAUGCCAAGGCGGAUCAGAUCACCAUUGUGGUUGGGACGGAUCAGAACACGGUCCAGAGUGUGGUCGUCCUCAAGUCCGGUUUUACCACCAAAAAGAAGAAACCAAACAGACUCUUGUGGAAUCGUCGCAGCAGAUCCACGUCGCGAUUUUCCGACUCAUCGUUGCCUUCCUUGAAUCCUCCUCCAAGAUCAGAGCUGUUGCGUCCAGACUCUCCAGUAUCUCUUCGUGCCAGUGUCUUUGACGGUAGACAGCGAGAUCAACCACUCAGGGGCAGAGAUGCCGUUCGUGACGAUCCAGGCAUGCAAAGGCCAGCCAUGGUGAGAGUGGACGAAGAAGAGGAACGUGAACCCACUUCCAUUUUGCCGGGACGAUUGAGAGGUGCUUCCAGCAAAAGCAAGUCCCGUCGUGACAACAAAAAGUUUAAACAACCCAUCAUUCGACUUGACUCGCAUGGGUAUCACAACUUUACACCCACGGAAGAAAAGAAAAAGCGAGGAAAGCAAACAAAGAAGGAAGAACCCUUGCGAAAAUUCCGCUAUGAGCAAGAAAAACCCAGCAGAUCCUACAGGCCUGGAUUCCGCAACAACAAGGUCGACCCGGUGGUCAUCAUCACGGACUGUUUCUAAGCUACCGUAUCUUUACAACGGGCCGCUUUGCCCCAACUUACAAUUCCAUGCAAGCUACUUUGGAGGUGGCUUUCUGUAUUGGAAUGAAAUGAAUACUUCUGCUGUCUCACCUCUUGACUUUUAUUAAUUUGCAUCCGAGCUCGGCUUCACAACCCAGCUCCCUUGCGUUUUUUUCAUUGAAAGCUUCUUUGGAAGUGGCUUUCUGUGUUGGCAUACUACAUGUACGUGUACUUGCCUUUUUGCAUCCAUCCAUCCUUGCUUGAAAUCGAUUCGAUUCGAUUCAAUUGCACGCACCGCAAACUUGGUUGCUGUGUUGGUGCCUUCAAUACUACAUUUGUUUACAUACAGUACAUGCAUAAUUUGGAGAACUAAAUCUUAGCUACACUUUAUAACCGC